ACACAGAGAGUGAGUGAGAGACAGAGUGAGUCAGAGAGAAAGGAAUAUCACUGUACACUGCGCGUCAGUAAGAGUUUGUUGGAGCAGCACGACACAGUGCAGUGCGCCUUGAAAAAUUUGGGAAGUUUCCAACAAGGAUCCUUUAUAAACUCGUCACCUUAAUGUCGGGACUGCUGAAUAUUGCCCCACCGAUGCUAUGGUUACCUUUAUUACGGUCUUACAGGUGAAUCUAGUGAUGUCCAUCUUUCUGUACGUGAUAUUCCUCACGUACCUUUACUGUGUCUCUAUCACUGCCAUGAACAAGCAACGGCCCACACAGGACCCCAUCAACACGCUCAUUGUCAAGCUGCUGCAGGCUGACAUAAGCCGCGGCCGGCAGCGGCAAGAUGAGAGGAACCAGGAUACACCUGUUUCCACAUCCCUCAAUGUACCUACAGAUACACAAUAUCCUCAACAAGUCAGCCCAUCUGCUUAUCAGUCUAAGAGGGCUAUGGCUGAUGAGCUGUUCAGGCAACACAAGCGCUACAACUCACCGCGAGUGUUACUGAGUGAGCGGCCACCUCUGCAGCCCCCACCGCUAUACCUCAUGGAUGAAUUUGAGGGUGCUCAUGACACUCAGAGCAGCAAUAAGACACGGCAGAAGCGUUAUGCUGAGCACAAGAGCUAUCGUGGUGAGUACUCCGUCUGUGACAGCAUGAGUCAUUGGGUGACAGACAAGACCACAGCGGUGGACAUCCAUGGCUACGAGGUCUCAGUGCUUACGGAGGUCGAGAUAAAACGGUCGACUAUGAAGCAAUACUUUUAUGAGACAACCUGCCAGAACAGCAAGCCAAUUAAGAGUGGCUGCCGAGGCAUAGAUGACAAGCACUGGAACUCACAGUGCAAAACCUCACAGACGUACGUACGUGCCCUCACCAAGUACAACAACGUGAUGAACUGGCGCUGGAUAAGGAUAAACACCUCUUGUGUUUGUGCACUUUCACGCAAACACCGCAGGACGUAAUAAUAAAGAAAACCAUGUAUUGUGCAACUAAUCCACUGUCUUUCUCUCUUUUACCCUGGGAGGAUGUAAAUAUGAUAUAAAUUAUUAUUUAAGUUAUAUGAAAUGCAUGUAGUCUAUACAUGUUUAUAUGAUGUAUAAAUAUAUUUGUGUUAUUUAUUUAAGUUGUUAGCAAAGUAUAUUCUAAAAAAGAGAGACAUGGAUGGACUUAAGAUGAUUCAAGACACACAAUGCCACUAAUCUAAAAGUGCAUUACAGGGUGAAACUAUGUGCCUUGCAUAACACCUUCACCAACAGUCAAAGGACAUAUCGCUCGUUUGGACCUAAAUCCUGGGAUUAGCUGCAAUUGAAGUAUAAACUUUAGUGUAAUUUUAGUUAAAAACAACAAUAAUUUAUCACAUCCUCAUCACUCAACAACAGUAUUGCUGCAGUCUGUGCUACUGAUAUUGUGCUGUCAGUAUGUCUGGGAAAAAGAAGUCAUAGCUCAGAUGAUUUUACUUUACUUUGAAGAAAUAUGCCACAGAGCAUAUGAGGUAUAUAUGUAUUGCAAAAUGCAUGGAAUAAUUAAGAAAUAUAUAUUUUUGUAUAACUCAUCUACUUGUGCACAGAAUGCAAUGCAUAUGGGAAUACUGGUCAUAUAAACCUAUGUACAGAAAAAAAAAUAGUUAACAGCAAAUAUCAGAGACAUUGUGAACUUGAACUUACCAGUAUAGCAAUGAACUAAAGAGGUGGAAACUAAUAUUUUUCCUUUAUCUGGAUGGAGUGACAAUAAUCCAAUCGUUAUUCAAACUUUCACAUUCCUUUGCCACAUAAAACUUUUUUUGGGUGGGGGUGGGGGGGUAGUCUAGGUCUCCCAUAGCCGCAUUAAUAAUAUGCACUUCACUGGGCAUAGGCAUUAAUUGCAUUUAGAAAAUUAGAAGGAUGGAAAAGAGGUAGAAGAUUGUGAUUUCAUUAAGUAAUAGAGUGCUCACUGAAUGAAACACCGCUAAUUGGAGUAAUAAUGGGUACAUAGACGAAUUACCUUCUCAAACACCCUCUCCAGUUCACCAGAGACUUAAACCUUUGACCCAGCUCACUCUAGAGUAUGGUUGCUCCAAACACUCUAUAGCAGAGCAAGAGCAGCAAGCCAACAAAUCACCACUAAA